AUAUACUUGCACUCUAGUCUUUCAGACGCCUACCUGGGGUGAACCUGAUGAUGUUGGACUCCAAUCAGAGCUGGAGUCCAUCCAAAGCCAAACACUACGGAGCUCCUCCAAGAGGAUGUGCGUAUGCAGUCCUGAGAGUUUGAUCAGAGUGCACGAACAACACGAUAGUGAAGACCAUGAAGCCGAAGUCGCUCUGUGUCCCGCGGCUUGACCUCUUUGAGGGCAGAUACAGGCGGCAGUUCGACACCGGCGCACCGGAGCACAGCCUCGAUCAACCGGUAGAGAAGAGACCCAGAGAUCUGCGCUAUACUUUACUGCCAGAGAGACCACCAUACGAGCCUUUAGUGGAAGACGACAGCCAACACAAACUAAAGGAGGAAAAGAAAGCAAAAAAGAAAGAAAGGUAUAAAAAAUACAGAAAGAACGUAGGAAAGGCUCUUCGCUACAGUUGGAAAUGUCUGAUGUUGGGUCUGCAGAACUUCACUGUGGGAUAUUCCACCCCUCUUUCCGCUGCUGCCUCAGUUGUCCCAGAUUUCCAUCCGGGAGGAGCGUGGGGUUGAGACAGUCUGUGACCAGCAUUUGUAAUUUACUGUAACACAAAAUCUUUAUGGAUCAUUUAAUGCUGCACAUCAAGAUGAUUAUGAAAAAUGAACAAUACAUCUGCCCUGGGCAGCUCGACCUGUCAUGCUGUAAACUGUUAAACUGAUGUAAAUAUCUGCUCUUCAGAUUUGUAUUAAAGUGGAGUUUCUAACUUGCAUUUGAGUUUUACAGCUGCAAGAAAGACAUGUUUCUCUUUUUACUCUGAGAUCUAUCUGUAUAUGUUUUGCUUUGACUGAAAGAGAAUGUAUAUUAAUUUCUGUAUUGAAGUAAUGAAAUAUUAUUGUAUUACAGAACUAUAGGCUACUGACAUGAUUGAUUCUGUAAUUAUUUUGUACAAAGUCUGGAAUGUUUCUCUGUCAUUGUUCCAGCAGCAAAUUGCAAGUGAUGGUCACCUGCAUUCAUGCUCUGUAGAUGUAAUGUUGACAAAGGUGAAAGUGAUUUAUACUCUUAACUGGAAGAGAUAGGUAUGUUUAUGGUCUGUAAAGGGAAUUAAAUGCCCUCUGAAAUGACUGUUUGAUUUGAUUUAGUCCAUUUCAUGGACAAAAAAGAAGAUUUGCUUGACAUGAGAAAGCUGAAUGUUCUAGAGAGGGAAGUAAGAGUAAGUGUUUUCAAUGGAGGCCAAGAGCCUUAAAGACAAAGGAUGGGAUUAUGAGAAACCACAACAGGAAAAGACAGUCUGGCACAGGGCAUGACUUGUUUAAUAGGGUUAGUGAAGCUGAGUACAUGUCAUGCUUGCAACACCUGUUCAAAAGGAAUUAAGAAAUGUGAUUAAAAAAAAAACUC